AGAAUUUCGGACAUUGAUAACCGAGCCUUUUACUGACUUGGGAUCAUUACAAGGGUGCUAGAGUUUCUGGGAUUCUCUGCAAUUUGGAAAACAGAAGUCUAGAAAUUCUUGCAUAUAAUAGCCUUGUAGCAGUGAAUGAAGUUGGAAUUCCAUAUGGGAAAGGAGACUUGAUGGAGACUCACCUCUGCCUUCAUCACAGCAAGUGGCUCAUUCUGGGAGUUUCUCCCGCCCAAAUUUUAUACAAAAUAAUUGUCCAUCAGAGCAUAUGUGUUAACGGAGAUGGUUCCGUAGAUGCUUUAUAAGAAGGACUGCAAAAUGAAGGAGCCUGGCAUGAGAUUGGCAUUUACCCAAAGUGGAAUGUAAGGGGAAAAUGAGCUGUCCUAGCCUCUUUUAUAUAUUUAGACAAUGUAUAGGCAUCUUGGAAUAUUGUUCAAAGAACAGGGUUCUUGCAUGCAAUUACUCACAUCUAAAAUCCCAGCACAGAAUCCCUACACUCCUAUGGCAAUUCUCUGCAUUUGGCAAUAAUUGACAUGCUUUUUCAGGAGUUGCACUCCUGUUUUCUCGACUUUGGAACCAUUCUGAUUUACUUUCUGUGCGGAAAGUGAUACUUUCUUAUCUGAACUUAAAUGUUCUUCCCUGCCAAGCUUGGUUGAUGAACACUAUUUUACAUUGAUAUAAUGUUAUCAUGUCAUCUCGUUCAGUACAUGGUGAUCAAACUUCAGGUGAAACUGGUUGAAUGGCUUAAGUCAGUGGUUACAAAUUGGACUGCUGAGGGAGAUUGAGUGACCUAGCUAAGUUGCCAAGAAGCCUUCUGGUUGCCUUAUGUUGUGUGCACCUGAGCUCUGAUCGAGAAGAGGCUCAAAAUGUGGCAUGUACAUGGUGCAUAUACCUGAAGCUGAUGGAUGAGUUCCCUUUUAGAGAUGUAAGCUCGCAUUAAUUUCCCGAAUAAAUCUUGCUAGCUCAACUUUGAUUACCUAGACCUGGUGUUGAAAAACGCUGUCAAUUUGAUAUAAUAUGCAAAAAUUUGAGCUGAUUUGGGGUCAGCUAUAUCAUGUUAUCACAUAUAUGUGUCCAAUAUACAUUUUCAUCUGUCAUAUUUUGAUGAACUUUUCAGUUACUCAUUGUAAUUUAUAUGCAAGGAACUCAUGCCAUGCAAACUUAUAUGACAUAAUGGGUGUAUAGGUUCUAUGUGUUGGACGGUAAGUUGAAGAUUUUAUGCAGUUACUGUAAAAGGUAUUCUGAGUGCUCUUUGUUUAAAUGCUCGAAAACAACAUCAAACAAAAUUCUCUUUGAGGAUUUUGAUUUUUAAUUUAUGGUUAUUUUCUGCAAAUUCCAGGACUGCAGUGUCUCAGCAGUCGUGUAAUUAAGAUUGAAUUUGGUGACAGUAGCAGGUCUGACAAUGGUACCUAAUCGAACUAACUAAUCGUUAUGGAGAAAACAAGAAGCUGAAGAAGAGAAUUAGCCUCCCCAGUCCCCAGCAACAAAUACAAUUAACCAAUUGACAUUUAAAUCUUAACUAUGCCGUUCAACUUUUCCUAUUAAUUUGGCUACAAAAGAAACCAAAACUUUUGUGUUCAUUCAUAUGAUGUCAUUGAAUGUGAAGGUUCCUAUUAAAGAAACAGCGGUUCAUGCAAAUCAUCCUAUUUAAGAAAGAUGAGUAAAUCCUGGUGCAGAGAAUCCACAUUUGAUUCACUUUCUAUGGGAAUUAAAUACCAUGAUCAGUGUUCUUGGAAAGUAGGUGCAUGCAAAAAUGGAAGAAAAUGCAGGAAAAAAGAAAGGCGAGCAUUUACAAUUUUUCAUGCAUAUAUAUAGUAGUUAAGUCUGGUGACAUUUCUUUUGAAACCAGUUGUGACCUUUGAGAAUACUUGCUCUGAUCCUAUGGUUAACUCUAUAGGGUUUUUCGCUUUUUGUGCUGUUUUUCUUUUUCUUGAUGCUGCAAAUGGGGAAACUCAUCACCAUAAGUUUGUGGUAAACUUGUCUUCUUAUAGUCGACUAUGUAGUAGUAAGGACAUCUUGACUGUGAAUGGGAGAUUCCCAGGGCCAACUUUGAAAGCCCACAGAGGGGAUAAAAUGGUUAUUGAAGUCCAUAACAAGGCAAACUAUAAUAUCACUCUUCACUGGCACGGAGUUAGGCAAGUAAGAAAUCCUUGGUCGGAUGGACCAGAAUAUGUCACACAAUGCCCUAUACAGCCACGAAACAAGUACACUUACAGAAUUGAGUUUAAUAAAGAAGAAGGAACAAUAUGGUGGCAUGCACAUAGUGGAUGGGCAAGAGCAACGGUUCAUGGAGCCAUUUUUGUUUAUCCCAAACCUGGAUCAAGCUAUCCUUUUCCGAAACCUCAUGGCGAGGUCCCAGUCAUACUAGGUGAGUGGUGGAAGAGAGAUGUCAUGGAGAUACCAAGUAAUGCAAAUUUAACAGGAGGAGAACCUACACUCUCAGAUGCCUAUACUAUAAAUGGAGAACCAGGCUUUCUAUGUCCAUGCUCCAAAAAAGGGACCUUUAGUAUGCCAGUUGAACAUGGAAAAACCUAUCUUCUUCGGAUCAUUAGUGCGGUAAUGGAUGAAGAGCUAUUCUUCGGCAUUGCACAUCACAAGCUGAUAUUAGUCGGAAAAGAUGGUUCCUAUACAAAACAAGUUGAAACCUCUUACAUAAUGAUAGCCCCUGGUCAAUCCAUGGACCUGUUACUAGAAGCAAACCAACCUCAUGGGCUCUAUGUCAUGGCUGCAAGAGCAUAUUCAAGCGCCAUCGGAGCUGGUUUCGACAAGACCAUGACAUCUGCCAUUGUUAAAUAUCAUGGUUCAGAUGAUCACGACCACCACCCUCGAGGACGUCCUGCUUUCCCCCAUCUUCCACCCUAUAACAGAACACAAGCAGCAACAGACUUUACCAAGCAAUUUAGGAGCCUUGCAACAAAAGACCACCCUACCAAAGUCCCAUUACAAGUAGACACCCACUUGUUUUUUACCAUAUCCGUAAACCUACUUAACUGCAGUAAUAAACUGUGCACUGGUCCCUUUGGGAAAAGAUUUUCAGCUAGUGUCAACAACAUAAGCUUUGUCAUGCCACCGUCGAUUGACAUCCUUCGAGCUUACUAUUAUAAAAUUCCGGGUGUAUUCGAGAAGGAUUUUCCAGAAAAACCACCAAAGGAAUUCAAUUACACUGGUGAUGAUCUUCCGGAGGGAUUUUUGGCACCUUCCUAUGGGACUAAGGUGAUGGUUUUGAAGUACAAUGCAAGUGUUGAGCUGGUUUUGCAAGGGACCAAUGUGUUAGCAAGUGAUAACCAUCCUGUACAUUUACAUGGAUAUAGCUUUUAUGUUGUCGGCUCCGGGUUUGGAAAUUUCAACCCUAAACAGGAUCCUUUGAGAUACAAUCUUGUUGAUCCUCCUGAGGAGAGUACUGUUGGAGUUCCUAAAAAUGGCUGGGUCGCAAUCCGAUUCAGAGCAGAUAAUCCAGGGGUGUGGUUGAUGCAUUGUCACAUAGAGCGUCAUCAAACAUGGGGAAUGUCUAUGGUGUUCCUUGUCCAAAAUGGUGUUAGUCAUCAUAAUAGAAUUCUAUCACCUCCUCAUGAUUUGCCUACUUGCUAAAGGGAACAGAUUCUUACAUAGAUUUUGAGCUACUGUUAGAAUAAGAAAACAAACCUUAUUCACGAGGUAUUGGUCCUUAUACUAAAAGUUUUUAAUU